AUGAAAGUCUUUCAGUCUCUCAACUGCGUUGUCUGCAAGUUGCCAUUUGCUCGAAAGGCCAACGAGGCUCGAUCACCACGACCUUUAGACUGCGGAUCGGCGAUGUGUCACGAAUGUUUCGAGAAGGAGAGGCGGUUGGCGAAAGAGAAGAGGGAACAUCAAUGUGUUCGGAAACAGUGCUUUAACAAUGCCAAUUUUGCAUUUUACCUGAUUGAUGUUCUAUCGCAAGAAGAUUCCUUGACACUUUCACCUUUGGGAGAUGGUUAUUUGCUUGUCAAGAAAUUGACUUUGAAAGAGGAAAACUCUAAGAGCAUUUCGACAUUUGGAGAAGCGAAGAAGACACUUGAAAAAUGCGCGAAGCUGAGGGAGGACUUUGAGACGAUUUCGGAGAAACUCAUGCCUCAUUUGCGUCGAUAUGAGACGAAAGUCAAGACAUUGACUGAAAGAAUUGACAAAGAUGACUAUCAAGGACUUAAAGAUGGAUUUGAAGAG